AUGGGCAUCCCAAGGGCUUGUUCGGUUUGCUGUUUUUUCCAUGUGCUGGUUCUUGUCUGUUCCUUGUGUCAGAUACUCUAUGUUGGAUCAGUGGUGGCUCAAACUGCUCAGUUGACUGUGGAUGCUUCACCUCAGAAUGCUCAGACAAUCCCUGGCAAUAUGUUUGGCAUCUUCUUUGAGGAGAUCAACCAUGCUGGAGCUGGUGGAUUGUGGGCAGAGCUUGUAAGCAACAGAGGUUUUGAAGCUGGUGGUUCUAAUACUCCUUCAAACAUUGAUCCAUGGUCGAUCAUUGGGGAUGAAUCCAAUAUUAUUGUGGCAACAGAUCGGUCAUCCUGUUUUGCUAGUAACCCAAUUGCACUUCGAAUGGAAGUACUUUGUGGAGCUAGUGGAACUAAUGCUUGCCCAUCAGGAGGAGUUGGAAUCUACAAUCCUGGUUACUGGGGCAUGAACAUUGAAAGAACAAAGGUUUAUAGAGUUACCAUGUACAUUAGGUCAUCAGAUUCGGUGGAGCUGACAGUUUCUUUAACAAGUUCAGAGGGUCCUCAAAAUCUAGCUUCUCAUACAAUCAUGGGAGACAGAGAAGAUUUUGCUGAGUGGACGAAGGUUGAGUUUGAUUUGCAAUCAAAUUAUAUAAAUACUAAUUCAAGACUUCAGCUUACAACCACCAAAAGUGGCAUAAUUUGGUUUGAUCAAGUAUCACUUAUGCCCUCAGAUACUUAUAUGGGCCAUGGUUUUCGUAAAGAUCUUGCCUCUAUGCUGGCAAAUCUGAAGCCUCGAUUUCUAAAAUUUCCAGGUGGCAACUAUGUAAUGGGAAAUUACCUUAUAAAUGCAUUCCGCUGGAGUGAAACUGUUGGACCAUGGGAAGAGAGACCUGGCCACUUCAAUGAUGCUUGGGCCUAUUGGACUGAUGACGGACUUGGGUUUUUUGAAUUCCUCCAAGAUGUUGUUAAUGGUAUUGAGUUUGCCAGGGGAGACCCUGAGACUGCAUGGGGUUCAGUUCGUGCAGCAAUGGGACAUCCAGAGCCCUUUCAGCUUUAUUAUGUUUCAAUAGGAAAUCAAGAAUGUUCAAAGUACUAUUAUAAAGAUAACUACGUGAAGUUCUAUUCUGCAAUAAAAGCAUCCUAUCCAGACAUCAAAAUCAUAUCAAGCUGUGACAGAUCUGCUAUUUCACCAGUCAACCCAGCUGAUUUGUAUGAUGUUCAUAUAAUAAUUUUCCCAGUAGAGGUGACAUCUGCUAUGCUUCAGGUCUAUACUUCAUCAGGUGAUAUGUUUUCCAAAUCUAGAAUGUUUGAUAACACAGCCCGUGACGGACCCAAGGUACUUGCUUUGCUUUUGCUACCGCAAUUGUCAUCCUUACAGCUGGCUGGAACACUAAUAGCUGCUUUAGCUGAAGCUGCAUUUCUCAUUGGAUUAGAAAGGAACAGCGACAUGGUUGAGAUGGCAAGUUGUGCCCCACUCUUUGUAAACGACAAUGAUCAAAGGUGGAACCCAGAUGCUAUUGUGUUUAAUUCAUGGCAGCACUAUGGAUGUCCAAAUUACUGGAUGCUACACUUCUUCAAAGAUUCAAGUGGCGCUGCACUUCAUCCGUCCACUAUUCAACUACCAAACUAUGAUCAAUUGGUCACAUCUGCUAUCACGUGGAAGAAUCCACAUGAUGGGAACACUUACCUGAAAAUAAAGGUUGUAAAUUUUGGAAGCAAAGCUGUUAAUCUGAAUAUAUCUGUAACUGGGUUGGAAACUGAUAUUCAGACAUUUGGAUCCAUAAAGACGGUUCUCACGUCAGGUUGGCUACGGGAUGAGAACUCCUUCCAACAGCCCGACAAGGUGGUGCCGGCGGCAAGUCCAAUAACCAAUGCGGGCAAGCAGAUGGGUGUUGUACUGAACUCAUACUCCCUGACCUCAUUUGAUCUCCUCUUGGAUUCGGACCAGACGGUGCCUGUCUCAGUGUCGAGCCUCCAUUCCAGCGUGUGA